CUCGUCCUGCCCUGCUCGCUGUUUUCUUCUCCCUCCGAGCGACCCGCGGUCUGCAGGAGAAGACUGGCGGCCAACCGGUUUAGCCCAAGUGUUUCUCACCGACCGAACGCCCGCUUUCCCACGGAAUUUAAACGAUCGUUUUGAAAAACUAAGCCAAAGAGUACUCUCGGUUGAUUCUUUAAGAAACAUGUGAGCGUUAUUGAGUUGUCACUGUGUCGGAACGAGCGUUAGUUCGUGUUGAGCAGGAAAGAUGGCGAGGUGUCGUGUGCUGCUUGCAGCGCUCCUGCUGGGGAUCUUCUGCCUCGAAGCUCCGGUGGAAGGACAGUUGCAAAGAGGGGAGCUGGAGGAGGAAAGAUCGUGUCAGGGUGCCUUCGACCUCUAUUUUGUCCUGGACAAGUCUGGAAGUGUGAAGCACCAAUGGUUGGAGAUCUACUCCUUUGUGGAGCAGCUGGCGGAGAAGUUCAUCAGCCCGAUGCUGCGAAUGUCUUUCAUAGUCUUCUCCACGCGGGGGAACACCAUCAUGAAGCUGACGGAGAACAGAGAGGCCAUCGACAAGGGCCUGAUGGACCUCAGGACUGUGAUCCCCGGGGGGGACACCUACAUGAACCUAGGCCUGGAAAUGGCCAAUCAGCAGAUCCACCGGGGGAACCAAGGCACGGCGAGUGUCAUCAUCGCCCUGACAGACGGAGAGCUCAACGAGUGGCAGUUUGACACGGCCCAGAGAGAGGCGGAGAGGGCCAGGUCUAUGGGCGCCAUCGUGUACUGCGUCGGUGUGAAGGAGUUCAACCAGACGCAGCUGGCUACCAUAGCGGACACAGUGGAGCACGUCUUUCCUGUGUGGGGCGGCUUCCAAGCACUCAGGGGGAUCAUUGACUCGAUUAUCAAGAAGUCCUGCAUCGAGAUCCUAGCAGCCGAGCCGUCCAGCGUGUGCGCCGGAGAGCGUUUCCAGGUGGUAGUGAGAGGCAACGGCUUUCUCCAUGCCAGGAACACGGACCAAGUCCUCUGCAGCUUCAAGCUCAACGACACCCACUCUCUGGAUGAGAAGCCGGUGGGCAUCGAAGACACCUUCCUGCUCUGUCCCGCGCCCGUCAUAGAGGAAGUGGGGAGAAUCAUCUUCCUGCAGGUGAGCAUGAACGAAGGCCUCUCCUACAUCACCAGCUCCGUGCACAUCACCACCACUGAGUGUUUCGACGGCACCAUGGUGUUGGUCUCCCUGCUGGUUCUGUUCCUGCUCCUGGGGGUCAUGCUGAUGUGGUGGCUCUGGCCUCUCUGCUGCACGCUGGUCAUCAAAGAGCCCCCCCCCCCACCCCCGCCGGAGCCAGAAUCAGACGAUGAGGACGGGAUGCCAAAGAAGAAGUGGCCCACGGUGGACGCCUCCUACUACGGGGGCCGCGGAGUCGGGGGCAUCAAGCGCAUGGAGGUGCGGUGGGGGGAGAAGGGCUCCACUGAGGAGGGGGCCAAGCUGGACAAGCCAAAGAACGCCGUGGUCAAGAUGCCCGACCAGGAGUUUGAGCCGUACGAACCCAAAGCACGCAAGCCCCCCCGCCGGCCCCCCCAGCAGAGGACAUGGUACACUCCCAUCAAGGGGAAGCUGGACGCUCUGUGGGCUCUGUUCAGGAGGGGCUACGACCAGGUGUCCCUGAUGAGACCGCAGCCAGGGGACCAGGGCCGCUGCAUACGCUUCCACCGGGUGCAAGGGGAGGAGUCUAUCCCGGUCCGGAACCUCCCCCCCUCACCAGGCGCCGCUCCGGCUCCUCCCCCCCCCCAGGCCCCUCCCCCUCCUCUCCACGCCCACUCCGCCCCCCCUCCCCCUCCUGAGCAGCAGCCCCUGGUCUCGUCCUCGGUGCCCCGCGCCAAACCGCCCACCAGGGGCCCGCGCACCACGCCCCCCCCCAGGGCCACGCCCCCCUCCAGGGCCCCCCCGCCCAUGAUGCCGGCCGCCCCCGGCCCCCCCCCCGCCCGCCUGCCCCCGGGGGCCCCGGGCCCGCCCCCUUCGCGACCCCCACCCAGACUCUGAUUCUGUAAUGCGUGGGGGGGGCAGAGAGAGGGAGGGUAUUAUGCGCACGGAGCUUUGUCCCCGAGCUCGUAUGCGCUCAUAAAUACCCCACCCUCAGCGGAGUCUCCCGCUCGGAGAGAGAGAGAGAGGCCUUCUCUGGGGGAGACGGGGGCUCUCGUUGAGGAGCUCAUAGUAGAACUGCAACCUGUAGAAAUAUUAAAAUACCAAAAAAAAAAGACAGGUUGUUUACACGAGGUUUCAUAGUCGCUGACUAAUGCGGCCAAUCGAUGGUUACAUGUCAUACACACAUAUACAGAAGUGACGGAGGAUGGCAUUAAGAGGUGGAAGUGCAUGUUUGAUAGGAGUUUCUGCUAUCAGUUGGGAGUUGAUGCCGUUGGAAUGUAAUGUUGGUUUUAGAAAAGUAUUUGUUUGUGGGGAUGAUACAGCUGGGGCUGUAAGAGUAAGUAGCAAAUGGUAAUCAAUCUUUAAGGUUUUUGAUAAGCCUUUACAGGGGGUGUACAGCAUGAGUACAUCGACCACUUAAUCAAAAAGCAAAGAGAAUCAACCACUCAAAGUAGGAAAAUGUGUUUUUCAAACAGCUUUAUUCAAAGAAACUAUUUUUUUUUGUUUUUUUUGUAAGUGAAUAUAAAUGCAUCUUGUAACUGCAGGGCAGUUGUACCUAUUUAUUUCAAUACAGGCCCUUGUAUGCACCUGCUCUAUUCAAUGGGGGUUGUAUAAGUUCUGAGGUCCAAUAGGUAAGACAGGAGGAUUCUAUCAUUCCAUCACUUUACGGCCGUCUGUCUCCUACAGUGAGAUACUCCAUACUAGCUCUCCUUAAUUGCAUUUACUAAUGACUGAAAUGAUGACGCAUCGUUUCUGUAUUAACACGCAUUUUUGUCUUUAAUUAAAAAUGUAUUUUAUAUUGCGAAAGUGAUUAUUUCAAGUAGACUGCAAAACCAAUAAAAUCUUGAAAUAUAUGGAUUCAGUCAAGGAAUAUGCAAGAAAUUUUGUGUUUUCAGGCUCUCCAUUUGGAGUAUGUCCAACUUGGCCAAAAGCCUGAAUGGAAAGAAAUGAAUCAACCCAAAAAAAAUCAGACUGACUAAUCACGCUAAUAACACUUAAAUUGAUUCCUCAAGAAGGUUAAAAUAGUGUUUUAUGGAAGGUUAUUCAGAAAGAAGCAUUUGAGAUCAAUCUAUUAAUGACUAGAAAUGAAAAACUGGUUGUUCAGGUCCAACUCAAUGAUUCUGGUCCAUCUCUUAUUCAGCAUUCCUUGAUUCUACUGAACCAACUCUGGUCGCUGAUGACUCACAGGCUCUUUGGUUUUACUUUCCAGGAUUUCUAACGGGGAUAGUUCUACCAAAAUGUAAUAAUUCUGAAUCCGAUUGCCUACUUUGAAAUAACUUAUGGUACCAAAACCUCAUUAUAGCAUGUUUUUGACAGUAGUUCAUCGAUGACUUUAUCUCCAAUAUUUUGCCAAUGUCAGAGUUCAUUGCUAAAUUAAAGUAUUAGGAUUAUAUAAAACCAGUCAAUUCUAAACUUAAGGAUCAGUUGCUGACAAAGACUUUGUAACGUUUAGUUAUCCAUGACCAAGUAGCUGGUAUUUACUGCAAUGGCAAUAUGUUUUGCAAAACCCCGAAAAAGAUAGGCUUAGUUUUUGAUUUUAAACAGGGUGUUUAAUUCAGCUGUUGGGAAAAUAUUGAACAGAGCAACAAAAAGUGUAUACAUUUUCCCAGUAAAAAUGCAGAACUGUUUUAGAUAGCUUACCCUGUAGCGCACACUCGGAAACACGGUUCAACUAUUGGUCUACAGCACCAUCUAGAGGUCGCAUCGGGCACUGACAUGAAGGCAUAUCUCCACUUAUCCAUUUACUGUGAAGGGAUGCAUAAAUAACACUAAUGAUGAACAGAUGCCGAGAUGCCUUCUCUAGCUAUCAAAUGAUAACACAUCUAUUAGCAGCUUGUUAUGACAAGCCAGAUUUUCAAUAUCACCAUUUUCUAUCCAUAAUGUCGAUUCUUAUAAAUUCAAAAAAAAUUCAUUUUCGGAUAGACGUUACCCAACCAUAGUCCUGCAUGUAGACAACAUGUCCUACAGUCCGUUGGUAGAACUGAAGACAACGUAACUUUAAACCACCAAUACCUGCUGUAAACAUGACAGCAUAAAACAUAUCCAUUGAGAGGCCGCUCGUUCGGUGUGCGCGUGUCCGCGUUUGUCCGUGCGACGGUGUAAAUUCCUCACACACGAUGCAUAAAAAGUCCAUAAGCUUCUUCUGGGUUUCAGGUUCUCUUCUUGUUGAUGUUCCUCUUCAUCUUCUUCCCAGACUGCGCCCCCUUCUGGACACCCCGCACCAUGCCCUUGAACUGGCCUUGCAACUUGGCCUUUUUCCUAUUCCACACAAGGAGAAGACACGGGUGAGUUACCUCACGGGGGAGUUACC